AUGUACAAGUCAAGGCUGCAAGAACUGUGUCACCAAAAGAGGUGGGGUUUACCCUGCUAUGUGUGUAUGAAGGAUGGACCAGACCACAACCCACGAUUCAAAGCUUCUGUAUCCGUCAAUGGCAUCACUUUUGACACGCCCAAUAUAUGCAAAUCCUCCAGGGAAGCCCGCAAUGAAGCUGCUAAGCUCGCCUUCAUCCUCUUGGCUUCUGACUACAAUUCCACUGCUGGAGAGCCGAAGAAUGAAGAAACAUGUCAGAGUCCUGAGAGUCAUUCAAAUGCUUUGAGUGGUAAAGUUGAUAUGCAGAAUGAGUACAAGAUGAAGCUGCAGACCUAUGCUCAAAGAAAGAAGCUUGAUUCACCCUUAUAUUCUAGUAAAAAGAAGGGCCCUUCUCACGCUCCUUGCUUCAAGGCUACAGUUACUAUAGACGGAGAGGCAUAUGAAAGUCCACUGUUCUACAAGACUUUGAAGGAAGCAGAGCAUGCUGCUGCAAAGAAUGACUUCCAAGUUUGGAAGAAUCUCUUACAACAAUUGACUCAGAAUGAAGAUUUUCUCCUGCCAACAUAUAAAACUAUCAGAUCUGGUGAACCUCAUAAGCCAACAUUCUUUUCAACCGUGGAGAUAGAGGGAGAGAUUUUUCAUGGAAAUGCCGCGAAAUCCAAGAAACAGGCAGAACUAAAUGCUGCAAAGGUUGCUUACACUACUUUUAUGAAGCGCAGAUAUUGUAAAAGUGGUGAGUUCACUUCAUCUGAUUCCUCAGGAGCUGAGAGUCUGAAAUCUGCUUCUUCCCUAGACUUGCCCACCACCACUGAUCCACAACAGAACCUCAAUCCUGGAAUUUCAUUGGUUGCCGAACACAAAGACCAUAAUAAAGAAACUGAAGAUGAAGAGCAAGGGGUGGUUUCUGCUGAAAAUGUAUCAAGUAAUGUCAAUUUCAGCUCUCAGGAGUCCAUCUCAUCGUUGUCAUCACAAGACAUCAAUGAAAUCACUGAAAAGAGGAACUCGAACUCUUCAUUGGACUCAUUGCCUUUUUCACCCAAAGAAGGUCAAUCAUCUUCAGCCACCAUGACACCGCCUGGCCUCUCUGGCCUAUCUAUUGCAGAUUCAAACAUGGAAACGACCACGGAGGGUAAGAGUUACUUGCUCUGUAACAAGGUUAGGGUGUACACAUGCAUUCCAGAUUUGGCAUUCCCCAAAGGCACUGUACUGCUUCCCAUUGCUGAGGACAGGUGGGUGCCUGUGAGCUUAGAAUUCCCUAAUGAAAAAGGGACAUAAUCUUUUAUAGAUGCUGAUAUAUUCCUUCUCUUUUAUUCACAACUGCUCUCAUAUAGAGAGGCCAAAGAAACCAAGUCAGUACCAUUGAACAGGAUGCUACAUCAAUUCUGAAAAAUAUUUCAAGACACAAAACGUAACAAAUUCUCUAAUACUUAUGCUCUAACCUUCAUUGGUGUUUCUCAGUAUCAGACGUGGGGAAGUUUGAAACUUGUUAAAUUGAUUUGUAUGUUAAGAAUUAAGAC